AUGCACGUGCAUCUCUCGGCCAAGAUGGAUUCCAGCACCAAGGAUUCUGGGACGUUGGUCAUCUCCUUCCCUCUACUGGCCCCUCCCAAGUCCUCCCAGUUAGUCUUCGGGGCAGCACCUUGCUCCUUAUCUGGGCCUCUUAUUUUGAGACUACUUCCUCCCUUUGUGUGCAGUUUGGCUGAUGCCACCUGCUGUUUGAGAAUGAAACCCAGCAUCUACAAGGAUGGAGAUGCGGUUAUUGGUGGCUUUUUCCCCCUUUACACAUUUUUCCUGGACAGAGGGAACCAGAGGCCCUGCAAGGAUGUCAUUUUCCAGCAGUCACAGGACUCUGGAAUAUUUCGUCCUUUCCCAUCUGAUUCUGAUUCACACCGGUUUUUGUACCGCCUCUGCUCUUGCAUCUCGUCAACGUCCGUUCUGCCCCUGCUCCGGGAGAGACAGCAGAAUGUCCAAUUUCACAAUCCUGCUGGUGAGCCAGGGAGUCUGGCUGAAGAAAGAAAAUCAGAUGCAGAGCAUGCCAUUCUCAACUUCUGGAAUUUCCGGGAAGGUCUGGGAUUGAAAAUCAAAGUAGGAGAGUAUUCCCCACAUGCUCCGUGUGGCCAGGAAUUAUCUUUAUCCGAGGAGAUGCUAGAGUGGGCUGCAGGAAUCACUGAGACUCCCUGCACCGUAUGCAGCGAGAGCUGUGGUCCUGGAUUCAGGAAAAGCCUUCUGGAGGGAAAGUCUAUCUGUUGCUUCAGCUGCACUCCCUGCCCAGAGAAUGAGAUUUCCAGUGAGACAGAGGCGGAUCGGGGUUUGAAGUGUUCAGAGCAUCAGUAUGCCAACAGAAAGCGAGAUUGCUGCCUUCAAAAAGUUGUAACCUUUCUAGCAUACGGGGACCCCCUGGGGAUGUCUCUGACCUGCUCAGCUCUGUGCCUGUCUGCUCUCACAGCUGCGGUGCUGGGGAUCUUUGUCAAGCACAGGGACACAGCCAUUGUCAAGGGUAACAAUCGAACUCUCAGCUGUGUCCUCCUCCUCUCCCUCACCUUCUGUUUUCUCUGUUCUUUACUCUUCACCGGCCGUCCCAACACAGCCACCUGCAUUCUUCAACAAAGGGCACUUGGAGUGGUUUUCACUGUGGCUAUUUCCACUGUCUUGGCCAAAACCAUCACUGUGGUUGUAGUCUUCAAGGUCACUGCUCCAGACGAAAGGAUGCGGCAGUGGUUGUUGUCAGGGGCACCUAACUUCGUCAUUCCCAUCUGCUCCUUUAUCCAGCUGAAUCUUUGCGGAGUCUGGCUGGGAACCUCCCCUCCCUUCAUUGACACAGAUACCACUCAACAUGGCCACAUCAUCAUCGUGUGCACCAAGGGCUCCAUCACUGCCUUCUACUGUGUCCUGGGGUGCCUGGGCUCCUUGGCCCUGGGGAGGUUCUCCUUGGCUUUCCUGGCCAGGAACCUGCCUGACAUCUUCAAUGAAGCCAAGUUCCUGACCUUCAGCAUGCUGGUGUUCUGCACUGUCUGGGUCACUUUCCUCCCCGUCUACCACAGCACCAAGGGCAAGGUCAUGGGCAUGGAGAUCUUCUCCAUCUUGGCCUCCAGUGCUGGGCUGCGGCUGCUGGGCUGCAGCUUUGCCCCAAAGUGCUACAUUAUUCUCCUAAGUCCUGAUAAGAACACUCUGCGUAGGUUAAGGGAUCAAACACAUUCUGGGAGCCAGAAGUCUUCUUAA